AUGUCUCUGACCGUCGGCCUCGAGACUCCCGUCACUGGUUCCUACCAGCAGCCCAUCGGCCUAGACGCAAGCUUCAUCAACAACGAGUGGGUCGAGGGCGUCGACAAGAAGAAGUUUGAGGUCGUCAACCCCGCCACCGAAGAGGUCAUCACCUCGGUCUGCGAGGCCACCGAAAAGGAUGUCGACAUCGCCGUCGCCGCUGCCCGCAAGACCUUUGAGACGACAUGGAGGCAGGUCACUCCCCAGUCCCGAGGCGCCAUGAUCCUCAAGCUCGCCGACAUUGUCGAGAAGAAUACCGACCUCCUCGCCGCCGUCGAGUCCCUCGACAACGGCAAGUCCAUCACCAUGGCCCGCGGCGACAUUGGCGCCGUUGUCGGCGUCCUGAGAUACUUUGGUGGCUGGGCCGACAAGAUCACAGGCAAGACCCUUGACGUUGCCCCCGACAUGUUCAACUACACCCGCAGGGAGCCCAUCGGUGUCUGCGGCCAAAUCAUUCCCUGGAACUUCCCCAUGCUCAUGCUUGCCUGGAAAGUCGGCCCUGCUCUCGCCACGGGCAACACCAUCGUCAUGAAGACGGCGGAGCAGACGCCCCUGUCGGCUCUGGUCUUCGCCAACUUUGUUGCUGGUGCGGCCAUCUCCGCCCACAUGGACAUUGACAAGGUCGCCUUUACCGGCUCCACCCUCGUUGGCCGUAGCAUCAUGAAGGCCGCCGCCUCGUCCAACCUGAAGAAGGUGACGCUCGAGCUCGGCGGCAAGUCUCCCAACAUUGUCUUCAACGAUGCCGACAUCGAACAGGCCAUCUCUUGGGUCAACUUUGGCAUCUACUUCAACCACGGCCAGUGCUGCUGCGCCGGCACCCGCAUCUUUGUGCAAGAAGGCAUCUACGACAAGUUUGUCGAGGCAUUCAAGAAGCGCGCCACCGAGAACAAGGUCGGCGACCCCUUCGACGACAAGACGUUCCAGGGCCCCCAGGUCAGCCAGCUCCAGUACGACCGAAUCAUGGGCUACAUCAAGUUGGGCAAGGAAGAGGGUGCCACGGUCGAGGUCGGCGGCGGGCGCCACGGCGACAAGGGCUACUUUAUCCAACCCACCAUCUUUUCCAAUGUUCGGUCGGACAUGAAGAUUAUGCAGGAGGAGAUUUUCGGCCCCGUCUGCGCCAUUGCCAAGUUCAAGGACGAGGACGAGGCCAUCAAGUUGGGCAACGAUACCACCUAUGGCUUGGCCGCGGCCGUCCACACAAAGGACCUCAACACCGCCGUCCGCGUCAGCAACGACCUCAAGGCCGGCACUGUCUGGGUCAAUUGCUACAACCUCAUCAGGCACGAGACCCCCUUCGGCGGAUACAAGCAGAGCGGGAUUGGACGCGAGCUGGGAGAGGAGGCGCUGGCGAGCUACACCGAGACGAAGAGCGUGGCCAUCAGACUGGGAGGCGCCAUGUUUGACUGA